AUGGAUUUUGAUUUUGUUGCCGAUCAUAUUCAACUAGUUUGGGUUGAUAAGAACAUGGAAGAUUACAGACGAACACAAGAGAAAUUUCGUCAAAAUACCGAUACAUUGGCAACAUUUAAUAAUGCACAAUAUUGCAUCGAUUUUAUACGCCAAAACUCAACUAAAAAAAUAUUCCUCAUUACUCAAGGUUUAUUUGCACGUGAUAUUGUUCCUCAAGUUGAAAAUUGUGAUCAGUUGGAAUGCGUUUAUAUAUUUUGUCAUAACGUGCAGAAUUAUCGUGACUGGGCACUGGACUAUGAUAAAAUAAUGAAAGGUGGUAUAUUUGAUAUUGAUGAUGAUUUAAAUAUAAGCUUAACAAAAGGUAUACGUGAUUACUUGUUACAAGCUACAAUGGACUUACAAAACAAAGCAAACAGAUGUUUGGAAAAAGCUCAAGAAUUAACCGCACGCUAUAGAGAGUUGUAUCAAGCGAAAUGUACAUUGCAUUUAAGUAGGCCACCGGAUGUAGAAGAUCCUGCUGGUAUGCAGCCCCAGUAA